AUGAACACCUUCAACCCUCGUCGGGUGUCUUACCUCAGACCGCCCACCACGGUCUUCGAGGUACGCGAGUCCUGGGCGUCGCCAUACCCUUCACUCAGCUCUAUCGGAUAUCCACCAUCAGAGAGAACAGCCGACGAAAGAUUCGCAUCUGCCGUUUGGCACCGCACCUUCAACCAUGUCGACUACGCCGCGUAUAAGGCAGCAUGCGAUGCUGAGAGGGCGGCCAAGCCCGACCGCGAUGCCGAUGUCUUUUCAGUCAACUCCAGUCCGACCAGGCGUGGUCUAUCGAGAAUAAACGCCAUGCUCACCAUCUACCCCUACAGAGACAUGGGAUGGCUUGUCACAAUGGUCUUUAUCAUGGCGGCCAUCUGCUUCUCCCUAAACGGCAUCUUCAGUCUCAUCCAUCUGCUGGACCCCCAGCUGGACUUUCCAGGACGUGAGACCGCCACACAGGUCACGUUCGUUCUGGGCAGCUCACUCCUAACCCUCAGCGCUUGGAUGGGCUUGCUUGCCGCCUUCAACGUCGAUCGCGCCACCUUGGACCCGAAAAAGGACGCGCCUGAUGCGUAUAAGCCGGCGCUCCUCGGCAGCGACGAAUGGGUUUGGCUGCCGAGCUGGUACGAAUUCCGGAAUAUCUUCUGGCCUAGCACGGCGUUCCGUGCCGGUGUUCUUCAACUCCUCGCUGGGUCUUUCUUCACCAUUGCGGCAGUCGGUGCCCUUCCCGGCGUGCUCGAUCUCACCCAUCCCAACGCCUCCAUCAUCUUCAUCUCCUCCCCGCAACUUAUCGGCGGGAGUUUCUUUGUUCUCGCCGGCCUCCUAAUGAUUUUCUUGUCCCAGAACAAGUGGUACAUGCCCCUUGUCCUCGAUGCCAGCUGGCAAAACGGCUUUUGGAAUUUGGUUGGCGCAAGUGGGUUUUUGGCUGUUGGCGUUGUCACUCUACUCGCAAAGACCGCAGCAGUCACAAUUGCCUCGCUUUUGUUGAUGAGCGGGCUUGGGUUCUUGCUGGCGAGCUUGAUUCAGUGGUACAUUAUCAUGGAGUUUUACCCUUUCGACCCGUACUUGGAGGACCCGAUUCAGGCGGCAGAGAUUCCUUCACAGUCGAUCUACUAA